CAAUAAUAAUAACAAUAAUAAAUAUUAUCUUCAUGAAUUUGCAAGAUCAGAUCUAAUAAGAAGUAAUUCUUUUACUAUUAUUUUUCUAUAGAUUAAUAACUAUUUUCCCAAACUCACAUAGUACUUACAAGAAUUAGGACAAUCAACAUUAACAAUCUAAUAACCAAACAAUGCCUUAAAAGGUAUUCAAAUUAUAAUAUCAGUUCUUGAUGAAUUGUUCGGGUAUUAGUAUUAAUAUUUCUCUUAGAAUUCUCUAAGAAAUAAACUGCCAAUAUGCCUAAUUAGAAUAAUAGUUAUAAAAGUAUGAAGGAGAGUGCAGAUCUCAUAUCAGAGUAUUAAUAAUUAAAAUAACUAUAGACAGAAUAGAGAUUGAAAAUUCAUUGUGAAAACAUUCAAGAACUCUAUGAAUAACAACUUGUAAUAGAAAAAGAUUACAAAGCUUAAGUCUUGGUACAAUCUCUUAUUUCUAUAUUCUUUAGAGUUAUUAAAAAGAGAUCACAUAGCUGAAGAAAGAUCUCGAAGAUGCCAAAUAUUAGAAGAAUCAGUAAUUGCAACAAAAAACUUAAUCAAUAAUCGAUAAAAUUAUUUUAGAUCAAUAGAAAUAAACCAUUCAAUACGAUUCUAAAUCCAGAUCAAAUACAUUCCACAACAAUUAUACGAAUCUCAAUUAAUAAAAAUAGCAUAUCUCUGUUAAAUCAAAUACAAGAAAGAAUAGAUUGAUUACUGAAUACUAAGAUUUUUAAACAAAGUAACUAAUAUCAUCUAUAAUUCAAGUUCCAAAUAGUCAAUUGAAGAAAAACAAUACUCAUCUCUCGAGAAAAUUUAGGAAUUAGCAACUCUAUACUCUCGACCAAAAUCUAGAUUGUAAGAUAAUUGCAACAAAAAAUCUGUAACUUUGCACGUUGCUUCAAUUAAAGCCAAAUAAGUAAAGAAAGUUUGA